AUGGCUCCGUCGCCGGCGAAUUCCUUAUUCGGCAAGUAUGAGGUCGGAAGACUUCUCGGCUGCGGCGCUUUCGCCAAGGUUUAUUAUGCCAGGGACAUCAAUACCGGCCACAGCGUCGCCAUUAAGGUAAUCAAUAAGCAUAAAAUCGCUCAUAACGCUAAUCUCGUGUCGAACGUGAAGCGCGAGAUCGAUAUCAUGCGCCGACUCCGGCACCCGAACAUCGUUAAAUUGUAUGAAGUUAUGGCCACGAAGACGAAGAUCUAUUUCGUGAUGGAGUUUGUGAAAGGUGGUGAGUUGUUCGCGAAGGUUGCCAAGGGUCGUCUAUCUGAAGCACAUAGCAGAAAGUACUUUCAACAAUUGAUCUCUGCCAUUGGUUAUUGUCAUUCUCGUGGAGUUUACCACAGAGAUCUGAAACCUGAGAAUCUCUUAAUCGAUGAGAACGGAGAUCUGAAGGUUUCGGAUUUUGGAUUGAGUGCUGUUACUGGACAGAUCCGAGCCGAUGGAUUGUUGCACACGCUAUGCGGCACGCCGUCGUACGUCGCUCCGGAGAUCCUCACCAAGAGAGGAUACGACGGAGCGAAGGCGGAUAUCUGGUCAUGCGGUAUCAUUCUGUUCGUGUUGAACGCUGCUUACCUACCGUUCAACGAUUCAAACCUCAUGAUGAUGUAUAAGAAGAUCUACAAAGGCGAAUAUCGGUGCCCUAAAUGGAUGUCGCCGGAUCUCAGGCGGUUCUUAUCUCGUCUUCUGGACACUAAACCAGAGACCAGAAUCACAAUCGAUGAGAUCAAAUCUGACCCGUGGUUCAAGAAAGGAUAUAAAGAAGUGAAGGUAGACGAUCAACUAGAAAUGGUCGUGAAGCCAGAAGAUGAUGAUAAAUCAUUAUCCUUAAACGCAUUCGACAUAAUUUCGUUCUCCUCCGGUUUAAACCUCUCGCCGUUGUUUGACGGGACACUUAACUCCCCGGGACAAGCCGAAAGGCUGGUGAUGUCCGAGUCGCCGGAAAAAGUCAUCGAGAAAGUGGAGGAGAUCGUGAAGGAGGCAAACGUGAGGUUAAAGAAGCGGAAGGAAUGGGGUGUGGAUUUGGUUGCCCAGAACGGUAAACAUGUAAUCGGAUUGGAGGUUUUCCGGCUAACGGAAAGCUUAGUGGUGGUCCAGGUUGAAAGUACUGGCGGAGGUACGGAUUUCUACGAUGAGUUGUGGAAGAACAAAAUUAGAUCGGAGUUACUUGAACGGCGGGAUGUACAGGUAGUCGAGAACUAGUGGUCGCCGGCGGCGGGCCACGUGUCGGGCGUAAUGUACUUGAUCAUUUAUAAACAUAUUUAUUGACAUCUUUUGUUUGUUUUUUAAAAUAAAUGUUAUUUACCCUCUCGAGUCAAGAGUAAAAACGAGGGUAGGUGAACAAACAUUUUUUUGAUGGGCAACAUAGUAAUAAUGAUUUUGUACAUAACAUGAGAAAUUGUAACGUCUUCAUUUUGUGUU